AUGGCCGCGCCCUUGCGCUAGAAGGCAGAACGUCAGUUAAAAUACAACGCGCUUCAUAUCAGACAUGUAGUGCACUGUGUAGGGUCUUAAACCCGUUAUUCCCAUAGCCGUUAGUAGUGCACAUGUAGGGAUUAGGGAUAUAUUUGGGAUACGGUCGUGUUUUAGGAGAGAGUUUUGUAUUAAAGACGCUGUUGUGAGUUGAUCUUUCGAGCAGCUUUGCACGAUGGAUAAAGACGAUCAUAUUCUGCCUAAAGACUUUCCUGAGCUGAAAAAUGACACGUUUUUGCGAGCAGCUCGAGGUGAAGAGGUCGAGCAUGUUCCGGUGUGGUGCAUGCGCCAAGCUGGACGAUACCUGCCAGAGUUCCGGGAAUUCAGAGCAGGGAAGGAUUUUUUUGACACGUGCCGCUCUCCAGAGGACUGCUGUGAGCUAACGCUGCAGCCGCUGAGACGAUUCCCUUUCGACGCUGCCAUCAUUUUCUCAGACAUCCUGGUGGUGCCUCAGGCUCUAGGUAUGGAUGUCCAGAUGGUAGCAGGAAAAGGUCCGACAUUCCCAGAGCCCCUGAAAGAGCCGGAUGAUCUGCAGAGACUUCGGUCUGAAGUGGACGUGGAGUCCGAGCUGGGUUACGUGUUCAAAGCCAUCACACUGACGAGACACAAACUGGAAGGAAAAGUUCCUCUCAUCGGCUUCAGCGGAGCUCCAUGGACUCUGAUGUCCUACAUGAUUGAAGGCGGCGGCUCCAGCACACACUCCAAGGCAAAGCGCUGGUUAUACCGUCACCCUGAGGCCAGUCACAUGCUCCUCAAACGCCUGACUGACCUGAUCGUGGAGUAUCUGCUGGGUCAGGUCAGAGCCGGAGCUCAGGCCCUGCAGGUGUUUGAAUCCCACGCCGGCUGUCUGGGGCCAGUGGAGUUUAAAGUGUUCGCUCUGCCGUACCUCAGGGACAUCGCACGCAGAGUAAAGGACAGGCUGAAGGAGGCGGGACUGGACAACGUCCCCAUGAUUGUUUUUGCCAAGGACGGCCAUUACGCUCUGGAGGACCUCUCCCAGUCUCACUAUGAAGUGGUGGGCUUGGAUUGGACCAUUGACCCUCGCGUGGCACGACAGAGGACUGGAGGGAAAGUCAGUCUGCAAGGGAACAUGGACCCCUGUGCACUGUAUGCUACUAAGGAGAGUAUUUCUGAUAUCGUAAAGACGAUGGUGGAGGCGUUCAGCACCAGGGGCUACAUCGCCAACCUCGGCCACGGUUUGUACCCAGACAUGGAUCCUGAGAGCGUAGGCGCGUUUGUGGAGGCCGUGCACACACACUCCCGUCGGCUGCUCAAACACAAAUAAGUCUAUCAGAGCAGAGACGGCAAGAAUCAUCAUCAGAACCACACACACACACACAUAAACACACAUGCACCCAUUCUGAGCCUGUUAAAAAAAAUGAGCUGUGGAUUUUAUUUGUAGUGAUGAAUGAUGAGGAUCUGAUCAUAUUGUAGAAUGUGUGAUCUGAAGUCAGGACUGAACCAAUAAUAAAGUGUUUUUAUUGAUAAAUGUAUGAAAUGGUUUUAUAUGCAACCAAAUAAAGAAAUUUCUUCAUGGAAA